UUCGAAGUGAGCCACAGAGGGAGCCGACCAGGUGGAGAACAGCCUGGGGAGGAAAGGAGUUCUGUUUGGGAGGCAUUACUUCUGAGAGGCGCACUAGACCUCCAGACCAGAGGAGGCCUUCCUGAGGAAGAGGUUCCGGGGCUCCCUGAGAGACUUAGACAAGACUGGGACUGAGGUCUGAAGGACAGGGGUGGGGAGGGCACAGAGAGCUGGCACCGAGGACCAGGGCAGUAGCCAGCGUGGAGCAGGAUUCCAGAGGGAGGAGGAAGAGGCGGAGAUGGACAGGAAGCAGAGGCAGCUUCCUCCUGAGCCGCUGGGCUGUGACUGUUGGAACGUGCUCUGGGGUGGGGAUUAGGAAUCAGGAUGUCCUCAUACUUCCUCACCUGCCAUCACUCCAGGUGGCUCCUGGAUGAAAUUCUUUGGAUGUCACCGCUUGGGAGGCUCCCUGGGUGCCUGAGGGAGGCACAUGCUAGAAAGCAGCACCACGUUGGGCCCAGUCCUGAGGGGAGGGGAAGUUGCAAGGACAAAACUGAGUCCCAAGGGGGAGGCUCAGGGUACUGGCUGAGACCAUCCUAGCUGCAUCCUGUGUGUUUAGAAGGAGCACCUGCCCCUGCCCCUGCCCCGGCGUCCUGCCUCCCGGCCCCUGUAAUUACACUGCUUCCCCACGCAUGGUUUGCUCCCAUUCCUUGGCUUCCAGUGGCUUCAAGGGAUGAAAUGUGGAAGUCCUUGUGAUUAUAGAGAUGACAGGUGGGUAUUGAUUCCUGCAGGGUGUGUGUGGAGGAGGAUGUGAAUACAGGGGUGGGGUGACCAAGGUCCAGGUCAUUGAUAGAGCUGGGGUGGCUGAGUCCCAAAAUGAGGGACGCCGCAGUCAGAGGUUACGCACUAGCCACGGCCUUCCAAACAGGUUUGACCAGUAGGUUCUAAUGGGAUUCCUUGUGUCACUGGGCUGGCCCCUCCCCAGAGGUUUGACACCUCCUCUCACUCCUCCCCUAUAAAGCCUCUUGGGGUUCCCAGGCACCUAGACUCAGCCCACCCCCAACUUUGGGGGCCAGGAGACAGCCAUGAUGCUCAACUGGAGGCUGCUGGGGAUCCUGGUCCUUUACCUGUAUGCCGGAGGUAUCUCAGGCAGCGGAGAGCACCCCCCACCCCCACCCACAGAGGCUGGAGAGGAGGAGGGCUCCCCAACAUUGCCUCAGGGACCCCCAAUCCCUGGUGAUCCCUGGCCAGGGCCACCCCCUCUCUUUGAGGACCCUCCACCUCCAGGCCCCAGUCGUCCCUGGAGAGACCUGCCGGAAUCUGGAGUCUGGCCUCCUGAGCCCCCGAGAACUGAUCCCCCUCAACCUCCCCGACCUGAUGACCCCUGGCCAGCAGGACCCCAGCCUCCAGAAAACCCCUGGCCACCUGCCCCUGAAGUGGACCAUGGAUCUCAAGAGGACCCAGACCUUGACCCACCCCAGGAAGAGUACAGAUAAAGGGAUUCCCCCAGAGACAUCUUGGGCCUCCAGGCAGAGUGCCCCUCAAGCCCAUCUGUACCCUUCUGAUUCCUCUUCAAUUCUCCCAUCAGCCUCAAUUUCCUUCCUCAUUCUUUCAGUUUUAUUCUGAACUCUGAAAGUGUCAUUCUCAAUAUUUUCUGUCCACUCUUGAGAUCCGCCCCAUAUUUCCUCUCCUUUUUUCUCUGACAGCUAAAGCAUACACCCCUACCUCAUGUCCAGUCCUCUCCCUUCUACCUGCUUCCCACCUCCUCCCUCUUCCCCACCCCUGGGGCUCCUGGGGCCAGGCUGGUGGUGCCGUGUUCUCUGCUGCCACCUGGUGGCCUACAGCUGGGAACUAUCAGGAGACCAUGAUGGUACUUCCAUAAAAUGGAAAAAUAAAA